UGAAACAAACCCAAAUGCCCAUUCACAAAUCUGAACCUCCCGCUCAUUUCACUCUCCCCCACUUUCUAGUUUCUACAAAACCCCUAAAUCAAUCUUCUGUCCCCCUUCUCUCUGCACAGCACAAUCCUCCACUACUUACCGAAAUCUCUCACUCACUCACUCACUCGCACUCGAAACAUGAUAGAGGAGGAGAUUGAGAAGCUCCGCGGGGUGGUGAGGGACUGCGUGAGCAAGCAUCUCUACUCGUCGGCCAUCUUCUUCGCCGACAAAGUCGCCGCCUUCACCAACGAUCCGGCCGACAUCUACAUGCAGGCCCAGGCCCUCUUCCUCGGCCGCCACUUCCGCCGCGCCUUCCACCUCCUCAACGCCUCCCAGAUCGUCCUCCGCGACCUCCGCUUCCGCUACCUCGCCGCCAAAUGCCUCGAGGAGCUCAAGGAUUGGGACCAAUGCCUAGUGAUGCUCGGAGAAGCGAAAGUGGAUGAACACGGUAACGUGUACGACACAAAGGACUGCAAUGCCAUGUACCUCGAUAAGGAAGGGGAAGAUCGUGAAAUCAAUAUAUCUUCAGCAAUAUGCUUUCUAAGAGGUAAGGCAUACGAAGCAUCGGACAACCGUGCCCAGGCUCGACAGUGGUACAUAGCUGCUGUCAAAGCUGAUCCUUUAUGUUAUGAGGCUUUUGAGCGUCUUGUUGAAAAUCACAUGCUGACGUGUGUGGAAGAAACAAGUUUACUCUCAUCAUUGCAUUUCGGCCCAGAAGAUGGAUGGCUCCUGUCAUUCUAUUCAUGUUUAAUAAAGAAGUAUGACAAAGAAAGUGUUGUAGAAGCCAAAUUCAGAGAACUUGAAAAUGAAAGUUGUAUUAGUGACUCUUCUGAUUCAUCCAUCAAACGUACACUAAAAACCAACACAGAUCUUUUGGCAUGCAAAGCUGAAUACUACCAUCAAUGUGGGGAGUAUCAAAAAUGUUUUGAACUAACUUCUGCACUGCUUGAAAAAGACCCGUUUCAUCUGAAAAGUACCUUGGUGCAUUUAGCAGCUGCUAUGGAGCUUGGGCAAUCAAAUGAGCUCUAUGUUAUGGCAUGCAAUUUAGUUAAGGACUAUCCUCAAAAGGCUUUGUCAUGGUUUGCUGUUGGUUGCUACUACUAUUGUAUCAAGAAGUAUGAUCAAUCACGCCGUUAUUUCAGCAAGGCUGCGACUCUAGAUGGCACAUUUCCACCUGCUUGGAUAGGCUAUGGAAAUGCACAUGCUGCUAAAGAGGAGGGUGAUCAAGCAAUGUCGGCAUAUCGCACUGCUGCUCGUUUAUUUCCAGGGUGCCAUUUAGCAUCUUUGUACAUUGGGAUGGAGUAUCUGCGAACCCACAGCUACAAGCUUGCUGCGCAGUUUCUUGCCCAGGCCAAGGCGAUAUGCCCCUCAGAUCCUCUUGUAUAUAACGAACUUGGUGUUGUCGCUUAUAAUAUGAAAGAGUAUAAUAAAGCUGUGUGGUGGUUCGAGAAGACUUUGGCUCACAUUCCAUCCCCUUUAAGUGAAUUAUGGGAGCCGACAGUGGUUAAUCUUGCCCAUGCAUACCGAAAAUUAAAGAUGUACCAUGAAGCAAUUUCACAUUAUGAGAAAGCACUCACAUUAACAACAAGAAGUGCAAGCACUUAUUCAGGUCUUGCAUACACUUACCACUUGCAGGACAACUUUACUGCAGCAAUCGCAUACUAUCACAAGGCUUUGUGGCUGAAACCCGAUGAUCAGUUCUGCACUGAAAUGUUAAGUUUAGCUCUUGUAGACGAAUGCCGCCGUGGUGUAGACCCCAAAAUUGAAUUUCAACAAAGUGAGGUUUUUCUUUGAUGCCCAAUAUUAUUCUUUCUACUUUUGGUGGAAUGAAUGUGUAAUUAAUGCCAUAAUGCACAAUUUUAUUUUAUUUUUUAUUUUUUUAAAUGUGAUAUAUUUGUAUCAAAGAUAUGACGAUUUCCUUGUAUACUUCGGGUGUAUUUAGGGGAGCCUUAUGCUUUU